AUGGAAAAGGUGAAUGCAAUGAAGGAGUGUCUUGAUCUUAAGGUUGCUAAGUUAAAAUCUUUGAUGUUGGAAGAAGCCAAGAAGCUGGAGGAAAAUUACAUGUUGUUGCAUGGCAAAGUGGAUAUUAUUUCUACUGCCAUAACUCGUUUGGUUGAGUUCAACGAGUAUACAAAUCAGUUUCAAACUAAGUAUGAGAAGGAUGAAAAGGUGUUUGAGAAAGUGGAGGAAUUUGUGUCUGGUAUUAAAGAUACUUUAUUGAAGGUGGAUCUUUCGAAUCAAUCUCACAUCUCUCAAGAAUCUAUCUUAGUAAUGGUUUCGAAUAUUGAGUCGAACAUCAAAGUUGAUUUGGCUCCAAUCCUUAGUUUGGUAUUUCUUUUACUAACAAAUGCUCCUCGUGUUGCACAAGUUUCACAAGGAAGAGAUAUAGGAGUUGGAGGAGCUAGAUCUUCAAAAGAUUUUAGUGAUGAUAAAGGAGUUGAUGUUGGGAAGGUUAUUUCAACUUAA